GAGUGCUGCUGAAACAUGUGGAAUAGAUUGCUUCAAAAUCACUACUUCAUUAUGAAGAUUCUUGCUAAAUACACCCACUUUAGGUGGCUACCGUCAUGUCGCUGCCUGCAGUUUCAACUAAAUCUUCCUCCUUCGGACUAUUUAUAUGGCCAGUCGAAGGGCAAAAUUACCCUCGAAGCUUGGCAGAACUUGGAGAAGUUGAGGAGUGCACUAGGCAUGGCCAUUGGUGUUGCGCUCUUCAGCUUGAUUCUCGUAAUUUCGUUUGUCUCUCCAAUCUAUUCACUAAGUUCCAAUUACUACGACAAGACCUGUCCCGAUGCUGAGUUGAUCAUUGCAAAUGCUGUCAAGAAUGCCGCAGUGAAGGACAAAACCGUACCAGCUGCUCUCCUGCGGAUGCAUUUUCAUGACUGUUUCAUAAGGGGUUGCGACGCGUCGGUGCUUUUAAACUCCAAAGGAAGCGACAAAGCAGAAAAGGACGGGCCUCCUAAUGUCUCUCUGCAUGCAUUUUAUGUAAUCGACAACGCUAAAAAGGACUUGGAAGCUUUCUGCCCUGGCGUGGUUUCAUGUGCAGACAUCUUGGCACUAGCUGCAAGGGAUUCCGUUGCACUGUCUGGUGGUCCGACUUGGGACGUGCCCAAGGGAAGGAAGGAUGGAAGAACAUCAAAGGCCAGCGAGACGGCACAACUCCCAGCACCAGUUUUCAACAUUUCUCAGCUCGAGCAGAGCUUCUCCCAGAGAGGCCUAUCUAUGGAAGAUCUCGUCGCCCUUUCGGGAGGCCACACACUAGGAUUCUCCCACUGCUCCUCCUUCGAGGGCAGGAUCCGCAACUUCAACGCCGUGCACGACGUCGACCCGUCAAUGCACCCGUCCCUCGCGGCAAGCCUGAGGGGAGUGUGCCCAAGCAAGAACAGGGCGAAGAAUGCGGGGACCGCCAUGGACCCUUCCUCGACCACCUUCGACAACACGUACUACAAGCUGAUCCUCCAGGGGAAGGGCCUGUUCUCCUCGGACCAGGCGCUCCUGGCGGCAACCAACACGAAGGGCCUGGUCGAGAAGUUUGCGGGCUCGCACGAGGAAUUCGCGGAUGCAUUCGUCAAGUCCAUGAUCAAGAUGAGCAGCAUCACAGGUGGAGAAGAGGUUAGGAAGGACUGCAGGGUAGUGAAUUAAGGUUUUGGAUCACUUGCUGCAUGAUCUGGACAAUCCUGUUUCUCUGUUGAGAUCACGGCGAAGCGUCGGCUUAAGCAUAUCUAUGAGAUUUAGUUGGAUCAGUGCCUGUAUUUGUUGGAAAUGUACGCCUGAAGAUUAAAGGGCCUAAAGUUCAAGAGAAAGCGGAGAGUUUUCUUAUGUACUGAUGAACUUGAUUAACAAAAGACUCAGCGGUCAAUCUUCUGAAGCACUAUAACUUGAUUCAUCAUGAUGGCAAAUAACACAUCUGGCUAGGAAUUCACGGCAAGAAAAUGGAAGAUGGGAUCGAGGGUCGGACCCGUGCCUGGAAUCUGCUGGCCCGUGACACUUUCUUACGGGGCCGAUGAACCUGAUUAACAAAAACUCAGCAGCCAAAUCUUCUUAAGCACUAAAAAAAUUUCGUUCUGAUGCCACAUAACUUAUAUCUGGCUUGCAGUUCAUGGC